AUGGGGCUUGUGACAAAUAAUCUCAAAUGUAUCAUUGAUCCUUUUGUUUGUAGGCCCUGACACCUGAGUCCAAUACUUUCAGAACACAUGGAAAAUAGGAACAAUGUGACUGAAUUUAUCCUCUUGGGGCUCACACAGAAUCCUGAGGGGCAAAAAGUUUUAUUUGUCACAUUCUUGCUCAUCUACAUUGUGACAAUAAUGGGCAACCUGCUUAUCAUAGUGACCAUCAUGACCAGCCAGUCCCUGGGUUCUCCCAUGUACUUUUUUCUGGCUUCUUUAUCAUUUAUUGAUACUGUCUAUUCUACUGCCAUUGCUCCAAAAAUGAUUGUUGACUUGCUCUCUGAGAAAAAGACCAUUUCCUUUCAGGGUUGUAUGACUCAACUUUUUAUGGAUCAUUUAUUUGCUGGUGCUGAAGUCAUUCUCCUGGUGGUGAUGGCCUAUGACCGAUAUGUGGCCAUCUGUAAGCCUCUUCAUUAUUUGAUCAUCAUGAAUCGUCGAGUCUGUGUUCUCAUGCUGUUGGUUGCCUGGAUUGGAGGUUUUCUUCACUCAUUGAUUCAAUUUCUCUUUAUUUAUCAGCUCCCUUUCUGUGGCCCCAAUGUCAUUGACAACUUCCUGUGUGAUUUGUAUCCCUUACUGAAACUUGCUUGCACCAAUACCUAUGUCAUUGGACUUUCUAUGAUAGCAAAUGGAGGAGCAAUUUGUACUGUCACCUUCUUCACGCUCCUCCUUUCCUAUGGGGCUAUAUUACACUCUCUUAAGACUCAGAGUUUGGAAGGGAAACACAAAGCUUUCUACACCUGUGCAUCCCACAUCACUGUGGUCAUUUUGUUCUUUGUCCCCUGUAUCUUCCUGUUUGCAAGGCCCAAUUCCACCUUUCCCAUUGAUAAAUCCAUGACUGUGGUUUUAACUUUUAUAACUCCAAUGUUGAACCCACUAAUCUAUACCCUGAGGAAUGCAGAAAUGAAAAGUGCUAUGAAGAAACUUUGGAGUAAAAAAGGAAACUUAGCUGGAAGAGGGCUGUAUCCCUUAUGA